CUGUUUUGUCCAACAAAAAGGCGUGUUGCUCUACUGCAUAUGCUAUAUUGUUUGUGCCUGAAGCGUUCUUUCAUGGUUCCUGUGUUAACCUUACAUGACGGGAAGUUUUAAGCUCACGCAAAUAUAAUUUGCAGAAAUGCCGCCAAAAAGAGGAAAAGUACAGAAGGAGGAGGUCCAAGUUUCCCUUGGACCGCAACUUCGUGAAGGAGAGGUAGUUUUUGGAGUUGCCCACAUCUUCGCCAGCUUCAAUGAUACAUUUGUACAUGUCACUGAUUUAUCCGGCAGGGAAACAAUCGCUAGAGUUACUGGUGGCAUGAAAGUGAAAGCGGAUCGUGAUGAAGCCUCACCCUAUGCAGCUAUGCUUGCAGCUCAGGAUGUUGCAGAAAAGUGUAAAUCACUAGGUAUUACAGCACUGCACAUCAAAUUAAGAGCUACGGGAGGUAAUAAGACAAAGACCCCUGGUCCUGGUGCACAAUCUGCUUUGCGUGCUCUAGCUCGUUCGAGCAUGAAAAUUGGACGUAUCGAAGAUGUUACUCCUAUUCCUUCAGAUUCUACGCGCAGGAAAGGUGGUCGCCGCGGACGCAGACUCUAACUCAUUAUGGUGCUCUAUAUUUCAUUUAUCUUUCAAUAAAUAUUUAGAGAAAGAAAUAGUGAAUUCAUGAA